UCACGUACCCAUUCAGCUUACCAGUGCUGUAAGUCAACAACUAGUUUUAAUUUCGGAGAACGGUGACCUACUUUUCGCAUUUUUAAAUUUUAGUUAAAAUGCUUCGCUCUGGACGGAAUUUGAAAGUUUUGUCGAAGAACGUUGUGCGUGAAAACCUGCGACUACUUUCUUCAACUCCUCAACCAUCUCCUAAAGAUGCAACGAAAAAAGUUGCUACAGGGAGAACCUUAGACAAAAAACCAGUCAAAUCAAGUUCUUUUGUUAUGAACUUGUUUGUUGGUUCCAGCAACACAUCACAAGUUUUCCCAUUUCCAGACGCUCUAAAUGCAGAACAGAAAGAAACCCUGGGAAUGCUUAUUGACCCUGUACAAAAAUUUUUCGAAGAAGUUAAUGAUGCAGCCCUUAAUGAUAGCCAAUCUGCUGUACCUGAAGCAACUACACAAGGAUUGAGGGAACUUGGUGCCUUUGGUCUUCAAGCCCCUACAGAAUAUAAUGGUGUAGGGUUAAAUAACACCCAAUAUGCACGUCUAGUGGAAACUGUAGGAGGAUUUGACUUAGGUGUAGGCAUUUUCCUUGGUGCUCACCAGUCAAUUGGUUUUAAGGGGAUUACCUUGUUUGGAACCGAAGAACAAAAGAAAAAGUAUUUGCCAAAAGUAGCAACUGGUGAACAAUUCGCGGCCUUUUGUUUGACGGAACCUUCAAGUGGCAGCGACGCCAACUCCAUCAGAUCUCGAGCCGUGUUAUCUCCUGAUGGUAAACACUACAUCCUCAAUGGAUCCAAAAUCUGGAUCAGUAAUGGUGGAUUUGCGGAAAUCAUGACCGUCUUCGCUCAAACCCCCGUGACUGAUCCUACUACCGGAGAGACAAAAGACAAGGUUACAGCUUUCAUCGUUGAAAGGUCAUUCGGCGGUGUUACAUCUGGGCCUCCUGAGAAGAAAAUGGGCAUUAAAUGUUCCAACACUGCUGAAGUAUACUAUGAUAAUGUACCCAUACCUAUCGAGAACGUUUUGGGAGGAGUUGGCCAAGGUUUCAAGGUGGCGAUGAAUAUUUUAAAUAACGGUAGAUUUGGUAUGGCUGCAGCCCUCUCAGGCACCAUGAAGGCGUCAACCAAAGUCGCGAUCCAGCACGCUACAGCCCGUGUUCAGUUCGGCCGCCGCAUCGAUUCAUAUGGAGCCAUCCAAGAAAAACUAGCCCGUAUGGCAAUGCUUCACUACGUUACGGAAUCCAUGGCGUACAUGAUUAGCUCCAAUAUGGAUAAAGGAUCCACCGAUUUUCAGUUGGAAGCAGCUAUUUCCAAAGUAUUCGCUUCAGAAGCAGCUUGGAACGUAACCGACGAAGCCAUUCAGAUAUUGGGGGGAAAUGGAUUCAUGUCAGCCAAUGGUUUGGAGAAAGUGUUGCGUGAUUUGAGAAUCUUCCGUAUUUUCGAAGGAACAAAUGAUAUUCUUCGUCUUUUUGUAGCACUGACAGGUCUUCAGUUUGCUGGUGGGCACUUGAAGCUACUACAGAAGGCUGUGAAGAGUGGAAAUGUUGGAGUUAUCCUAGGAGAGGCAGCGAAACGGGCUAAACGAAGUGUCGGACUUCGCCAGUCGAAUUCGUUGUCCGAAGUACAUCCAAAACUGGCUCUUCAGGCACAAUUGACUUCCAAGGCUGUUGAAGGAUUUGGUAUAACUUGCGAAAGCCUGCUUAUUAAACACGGAAAGAACAUUCUGGACGAGCAGUUUUUGCUGAACCGUGUUGCUGCUGCAGCAAUUGACAUAUAUGCUAAUGUCGUUGUCCUUUCCCGUGCAACACGAGCCCUUAACAUGAACAGUUCUUCUGCAAAUCAUGAGGAAAUGUUGGCGCGCGUUUGGUGUAAUGAGGCCUUGGAUCGUAUUCAACUCAACCUUACAGCUGUGAAAUCGCAAUCACAGCUCAGCAACUUCAGCACCAUGAGCCAAAUCGCAAAAGAAAUGUGCGAGCAUGGAGGUUUGAUUCAACAGAAUCCGUUGGGCAUCUAAAGUACCCUGCAGACUGGAAAAAUUAGGGAUGAAAUGAAAUGUAUUACAUGUCAAAACAAUGCAAAUCUUCAAUCGUUUAUAAAAAGCAAUUACGGAAAUUAUGCUGUUGGGAAAUA